AUGGUUCUCGACGGCGGUGUUGGAACAGCAACUGCUGUGGGUAGCGCUGCCAACAUCUCCCUACGGCUUUUCCAAGUCAUCUACGAAUUCAAAGCUGUCGGUCAGCAGACACGAGAUCUUCUCGAUUCCACCAAGCACGUAUCGUCCACUCUCGAAAGUGCGCGAACUAUGCGACAACAAAAGUCUGGAUUCCUCAGUACCGACGAACGAAAAUGGAUAGACAGCAUAAUCAUCGACACCAAACGCUGUCUGGAGAGCGUGGCUGCUCUAGUCGAGCCGGCAAGAGUAGACCUACAGACCAAAUCCGGACGCGUCGGCUUCGUGAACCGGAGUCUUUUUGUUUUCAGAGACUCUCCCAAAGUCGCAACCAACCUUGCACGACUUAACUUGGCACAUCAGAGCUUGAACGCUGCGAUGGGUGUUCUCUGCUCAAAA